GUCGGUCUGUCGGAAGUCCGGUCGGUCGGGGCCUAUUCGCUGACACCAGGCCCCCGGGAACAGGCGGCUGAGAGACCGGGGCCCCGUCCACUUCCCCCGCCCGUGUCGGCAGCGAGGAUGGCGGUGGCGGACGGCGGCUCCAGGCUGCGGCGCCAGCUGGAGGCCGUGCGCUUCGAGCCGGCGCUCUACGUGAAGCAGCUGUCGCAGCAGUCGGACGGCGACCGUGACCUGCAGGAGCACCGGCACAAGAUCCAGAGCCUGGCCGACGAGACGGCGCAGAACCUGAAGAAGAACGUGUACAAGAACUACCGGCAGUUCAUCGAGACGGCGCGGGAGAUCUCCUACCUGGAGAGCGAGAUGUACCAGCUGAGUCACAUCCUCACCGAGCAGAAGGGCAUCAUGGACGGCCUCACCCAGAUGCUGCUGGCAGCUGACAGGGAGCAGCAGCUGCAGGCCGGGCCUUCCUCCGCCUCCGCGGCCGACCGCGCCUCCACCAAGUCCGAGGCCUUCCUGCUGCCGCGGGAGGCCGAGGAGCACAAGCAGCGCACACUGACGCCGCUGCUGGAGAAGGUGGAGGGUUGCCAGGAUUUGCUGCAGGCGCCCGGCCGCUACCUGGUCUACAACGGCGACCUGUUGGAGUGCGACCCGGAGAGUGCGGCGCAGCUGCAGCGGGUCCACGCCUUCCUGAUGAACGACUGCUUCCUGGUGGCCGCCUGGCUGCCGGGCCGACGCGGCGCAGCGCUCCGGUACCGCUUCGACGCCGUCUACCAGCUGGACAGCUUCGCGGUGGUGAACGUGAAGGACGCGGGCCCCAUGCGGGACAUGUUCAAGGUGCUGAUGUUCCCCGACACCCGCGUCUUCCAGGCGGAGAACGCCAAGGUGAAGAAGGAGUGGCUGGAGAUCCUGGAGCAGACCAAGAAGAACAAGGCGCUGGGCGAGCGCCGGGAGCUGGAGAAAGCCGAGGCCCUGCGGCUGGCGGCGGCCGAGCAGGAGCAACAGCGGCUGCAGCAGGAGGAAGAGCAGCGGAGGAGGAGGGCCCUGCCGUCCGGCACCAACCCGUUCGAGGAGGAGGAGAGGGGAGUGGCGGGCGACGAGCCGCGGGCCGACCUGCAGCCGCUGGACCUCGGCCUGGACUGGAUCCAGGAGCUGCCCGAGGACCUGGACGUAUGCAUCGCCCAGCGGGACUUCGAGGGCGCAGUGGACCUGCUGGACAAGCUGUCGGCCUACUUGAGCGGCGCCGAUGGGCAGCCCGGGGUGCGGCAGCUGAGGAGCCGGGUGGAGCAGCGGAUCCGCCGGCUCACCGGCGUGCUGGUGUACGAGCUGUCGCCCGGGCGCUCGCUGCGUGGCGGCCCGCGGGCCACCCGGCGCGCCGUCUCGCAGCUCAUCCGCCUCGGCCAGUCCACCAAGGCGUGCGAUCUCUUCCUGAAGAACCGGGCGGCCGCCGUGCACACCGCCAUCCGCCAGCUGCGCAUCGAGGGCGCCACGCUGCUCUACAUCCACAAGCUCUGCAACAUCUUCUUCACCGGCCUGCUGGACACGGCCCGCGAGUUCGAGAUGGACUUCGCCGGCGACAGCGGCUGCUACUCGGCCUUCGUGGUGUGGUCGCGCUCGUCCACCAGCCUCUUUGUGGACGCCUUCAGCAAGCAGGUGUUCGACAGUAAGGAGAGCCUGUCCACCACGGCCGAGUGCGUGGAGGUGGCCAAGGAGCACUGCAACAAGCUCAGCGAGAUCGGCCUGGACCUCACCUUCACCCUGCAGGCGUUGCUGGUCAAGGACAUCAAGGCCGCGCUCCACUGCUACAAGGACAUCAUCAUGGAGGCCACCAAGCACCGAAACUCGGAGGAGAUGUGGAGGAAGAUGAACCUGAUGACACCCGAGGCCUUGACAAAACUGAAGGACGAAAUGAAGAGUAGUGGCAUCACCAAUUUCGACCAGUACACGGGCGACGAUUGCUGGGUCAACCUCAGCUAUACCAUAGUGGCCUUCACCAAGCAGCUGAUGGCCUUCUUGGAGGAAGGACUGAAGCUCUACUUCCCCGAACUGCACAUGGUUCUUCUGGAAAGCCUCCAGGAGAUCAUCUUGGUGGCCGUGCAACAUGUUGACUACAGCCUGCGUUGCGAGCAGGAUCCAGAGAAGAAAGUUUUCAUUCACGACAACGUUUCCUUCCUUUAUGAGACUGUCCUCCCAGUGGUGGAGAGACGGUUUGAGGAGGGAGUUGGAACGCCAGCCAAGCAGCUCCAGGAUCUUCGUAACGGCUCCCGAAUCAUUCGUGUCAAUCCAGAGAGCACAAAUUCCUUUGUGUGAACAUCUUGAAGUCGUUGUUGCAGCCAACCCCUCCACAGCCCCUAGUGAGCUCUCUGUGUACUUCUUAUUUAACACUAACCUUGUAUAGCACCUGGUUGUGUGGGGCAGUCAUAAACGUUGUCUCACCUUAUGCAGAAGACAUUAUAUCAACUACCGGUUGUCAUUUUCAGCAACAUCUGUCUUGUAAAUACUACUUUUGUUUUUGUUUAUACUUCACUAGUAAAAGAGUUUUGUGGCAAUA